AUGGCAGAUACAUUCCUAAUCUCUCCACACAGCAAGCCCCUCCUGCUCACCUGUGACGCGUCACCAUACGGAUUGGGAGCAGUCCUUGCACACCGUUUGGAGUCUGGAGAGGAGAAACCGAUUGCUUUCGCAUCCCGAUCCCUGAGCAUAGCUGAACGCAAGUAUGCUCAGGUAGAGAAAGAAGGUUUGGCAAUAAUAUUUGGUGUUAAGAAAUUUCAUAAUUACUUGUAUGGCCGCCAUUUUGAGAUCAUUUCAGACCAUCAGCCACUUAAAAGUCUGUUUAAUGAAACUCGCCCAGUGCCUGUGAUGGCAUCAAGUCGUAUCCAACGCUGGGCGCUAACACUAUCGGCGUAUGAAUACACUAUCACCCACAAACCAGGGAAAAAUAUAGUACAUGCUGAUGGGUUGAGUCGCCUUCCUCUCCCUGAAUUCCCCAAGGUGACUCCAGUCCCCGGUGAUGUGGUAUGCGUGUUGGAGAGACUAGACCAGACACCCGUCACGUCGAGAGAGUUAAGGCAAUGGACGGAUAAGGACUCAACACUCUCGAAGGUAAGAGAUCACAUUCUGUACGGUUGGCCUGGACAUAUAGCAGAGGAAACACUUCAGCCUUUUUUUAGAAGGAGGCACGAAUUAAGUGUCCAAGAUGGAAUAAUUUUGUGGGGAUCAAGAGUGGUGGUGCCUCAGAUAGCUAGAAAAAAUGUGUUGGCUGAGCUACAUGCAACGCAUCCAGGAGUCUCGCGCAUGAAAGGUAUUGCGCGUAGUCAUGUGUGGUGGCCCAAUAUAGAUAAAGAUGUUGAGUCAACAGUACAACUAUGUUCACAGUGCCAACAAGUGAGAAAUCUUCCCCCAGACGCUCCUUUGCAGCCAUGGGAGUGGCCACUAAAACCCUGGUCCAGGUUACAUUUGGAUUACGCUGGGCCGUUUAUGGGUAAGAUGUUCCUCGUCAUCAUAGAUGCCCAUUCCAAAUGGAUGGAUGUUCACGCUACACAGUCAGCCACUUCAUCUAUAACUAUUGAAAAGUUGCAAGUUACAUUCGGGUCACAAGGACUACCUGACACGGUGGUAACAGAUAAUGGUACCAAUUUUUGUAGCGAAGAGUUUGAAGCUUUCUUAAAACAAAAUGGUAUCAUUCACAUAAAGACAUCUCCCUACCAUCCAGCAUCCAAUGGGUUGGCGGAAAAGGCAGUUCAAAUUUUUAAAAAUUCUCUUAAAAGAUUAACAGGAGGCUCAUUGGAAUCCAGAAUUAGCAAGUUUCUGUUACGGUAUCGAGUAACACCUCAGACUACCACAGGAGUUUCCCCUGCUGAGCUUUUAGUGGGAAGAAAAUUAAAAACUUGUUUAGACUUACUGCAUCCAGAUGUCCAGGAUAGAGUUAUGAAGAAGCAAGAAAUGCAAAAGUACUACCAUGAUCAGAAAGCGCGGCAUAGGGAAUUUAAAGUGGGAGAAUUAGUUUAUGUAGUAAACUUUUCUCCAGGGAAAAAAUGGCUAUCAGGCGUAAUUGUCCAAAAAUCCGGUCCUGUUUCUUUCAAGGUGCAGUUGCUAGAUGGGAGGACUGUACGACGUCAUCUCGACUAUGUGAGGAGAAGAGUAAGCAUAGAGGGCGAGACGGUUAACGCAGAUGAUGCCAUACCACCUCCCAUGGACCUCACAAAUGGAGCAGGAAUUCAGAAACAUGGUUCGGCACCGGCAGGCAGCGUGUCGCCCCUAAAGGCAGGAGUUUCGAAGCAGUCCGGAGCACACAACAGCAACGCGCCGGAUCAAAUUCAAGAACGAGAGUUAACCUCAAGUCAAGAGUUCGAACCUGGAUUGCCGCCACAACAGCAGCCGUUGGAGAGGGAAACACUGCGCCGUUCUGAGAGACUGCGCCAGAAGCCAGAUCGUUUGCAGAUAGCUUGGAAAUAA